GGAGGCCCCACUCUCUGUAACCGUCCCACGAGGACGAAUUCGUUGGAAGGAGAGAGAGGAUCGACCCCUCAAUACCCACCAAAUGAAGGGAUUUACUGGUUAGUGAUUGUUGGCUGACAAGGGUGUAGGAAUAAUUUAGAGGCGUGAGUUCCGCAUUAACGAAGUUGAUUGCAAGCGGAGGGUAUGGAGGGGUGGACGAGUUGGGGGUUGUCCAGAGGGUCAAGUCCAGCCAACUACCCCCUGGUCAGUCUAUCGUGAGCUUUCAAAGUGCUACCAACUAGCCACUGUCACGCGCCAACUACCUGGAAUGAUUCCAUCUCCAAUAUCCCCCAGGAAACGAGAAAUCGCCGGAUGGUGCUGCUGAAGAGUCCUCCACCCGGGCGAGGUAAUCGGGAGCCCCCGAAGAAUCCAGACAAACCCCGAAGAUCACGAGGGAAUAGCCCGAGCGAUGGGAAAUCCUCUCGGGGCAAUAGUCCGUCGAAACCCGGUGGAUCAUCAACGAGAAAAACAACACUUCGUGCUUCCAGGAGCGAGAAUGGAAGUAUAGAACGUCUGACGGAAGGUGACAAGAGGGUGAUAGCUUCCAAGAAUCUUCUCCCAGAGGAUAACAUCAAUGUGGUCAUCAGGGUACGACCACUGAGUCAGAAGGAGAAAAAAUCAGGGGAUCAACCAGCUGUGCAUUUUCCUGGUGAUGGGCAGAUACAGUGCGAGGUUUUUGUGGGAAUUGACAGAAAACCGAGGCUCUUCUCCUACAAUGUUGUCUUCGAGCCAGCAGCCAGUCAGGAGGACAUUCUCCAGUACUCGGGAAUGAAGAAACUCAUCGAGAUGGCAGUCGAGGGAUUCAGCUGCACUGUCUUCUGUUAUGGACAGACAGGAAGUGGAAAAACUCACACCCUGACUGGUCCUCCUGGACUGUUUGCAAAUAUGAAUCCGUACUCGGAGGAUCACGGACUCGUCUUCAGGUCGUUUGUCUACCUCUUCAAGAUUCUCCAGGAACGCAAAGAGUGCAAUUUCGUACUCAGGGCGUCUUUCUUGGAAAUUUAUAACGAGAGGGUUAUUGAUCUCUUGAAUCCUGGCAACUCCAGGAAGUCUCUGGCUGUUCGGUGGAGCAAAAAGAGUCGGGGAUUUUUCGUCGAGAAUCUUUUCACUGUUGAGUGCGAGGAGCUCGAUGAUCUUCUCGCGGUUUUGGAAGAGGGCAUGAGAAAUCGAUCCGUGGGCUCUCACAACAUGAACGAUCACUCGAGUCGAAGCCACACAAUCCUCACAGUCCACAUCACCUCUGAACAGCAGAUGGAGAAUGGGGUAUUCAUUUCCAAGCAGGGGAAAAUCAAUUUCGUCGAUUUGGCGGGCAGUGAAAUGACGAAGAAGACGCAGAGCGAGGGUAAGACCCUGGAGGAGGCCAACAACAUCAACAAAAGCUUGAUGGUCCUGGGGUACUGCAUAUCAUCGCUGAGUGAUGGAAAAAGGAAGACUGGACACAUUCCGUACAGAGACAGUAAAUUAACGAAACUUCUGGCUGACAGUCUAGCGGGAAAUGGUGUCACAUUGAUGAUUGCCUGCAUAUCUCCAGCUCGUUCAAGCGCCUCGGAGACGCUCAACACCCUGAGGUACGCAGCAAGAGCCAAGAAAAUUCGCACAAAACCUAUCGUAGUGAUGGAUCCACGCGAGGCCUUGAUACUCAGCCUGAAGAGAGAAGUCGGGGCUCUGCAGACUGAGAACGAUCACCUCAGGGCUGCCCUCCACCUGGGGAGUGAUCCCCUGACGACGAUCAGUGAAUCAUUCGAGAGGAGGCCACCUAUUCACUCGCCCCAGGUCGACAUCGACAGACUAGCCGAGAUGGAGUCCCCAGAGUUGAGUCAACUCGUUCGUGCCUACAUGACUGAGAAUGAGGCCCUCAGGAGGGAGAACGCAGAGCUCUACGCCACGAGGGAUCAGGUUGUCAGGGAUCAGGAGCUCGUGUGCAGGGAGAACGAGAGACUCCUGAAGAAGCUUGAGGACGUUAACACGGUUUGUUGCAGAUCCCCUAUCAUCCCAGCACGUCCAUCGUAUUCUGCUGAGCUUUUGAGUACCUCGGGGGCAGCUAACGUUUGGACAAAUCCAAAUGAAGACUCUGAAUUCUCUAAAAAUGGUCUGGCGAGUAAUAUUCUGUCAACCCUGGAGACUGGAAUGCCGGAGAAGGUCCUGAAGGAGCUGGACAAGAGGAUCGUGGGAAGUUUCAGUAAUAUAGCUGAAGCCUACAAGGACAAAAGCCACCACAGGAGGUACAACUCCUGGGACAAUGGCAACGUCUUCACAGACAGUCCCGACCACAAUUCAUCCCCAGUGGAUGGUACCCAAAGUUACAAGAGGACACCCUUAAGGAGGACCUCGACAGUCCCCGAAGAGAGUCAUGCAAAGUCUGCAGGGCUCCUAGGACCCAGAGUGGCUCCAGUCCCUUAUUCUUUGGAUGGAACACCCGAUUCUGUGCUCUCUGGACCUCUCCUGGAGGGCCAGGGCUCUCUACCGACGACCGGAGACUCUGUCGCACCCACCACACCUUUUCCACCGGUUUCUCAGCCGUCAUCACCCCGGGGAAAGGAUAGGAGACCAGGCAGGAGGGACGACACGAUCCACAGGGCUCUUGGCAGUCCUGUCCUCAUCAACAGGGACAAAGCUUUCGAGUAGAUCUUGAAGGCUGCAUGGCCUACGUUAGGCUAGAACUAGAUAAUUUUUAAUCAUCUUGUCAAAAAUGUGUGAAUAUGAUAAUUCCGUUUUUCCAAUAAAAUUAAUUAUUGCGUUUGUA